CAGGAAACCGUCGGUCGGGAGAACGGAUGAGAGCGACUCUCGAAACCACGCUUGUCAUUUAUCAACUCUCUCAUCUAAUCUUUUCUUCUUAUUCCCCAUAUGUUUGUGCUUUGUGUUUUAUCAUAUACCUUUCUUACCCUCCUGGUGGUUGAUGGCGGGCCUGCUUCCAUCACCGCCAUACUCGCCCGCCCUUUCUCUUCUCUGGCUCCCUUGUGGGGGAGCGUCACUGUUGUCUGUAUGGCCGGGGGGUAUGGCAGGUAUAUCGUGACGAGUAACGCCAUCUAUACUUUACUACUACCCCAGCCACCUUUUGUGUCUCAUUUUGUUUCCGAUUGAGUUGUUUAUAUGUACAGAUGUAUAUUUCCCGUCCGUAUCUACUAGAGUCCGAAACCGGCCGGCUUGUCGGCUUGAUUCCCAAUAUGAUGUUCAUACUU